AUCUGAUCUAAGAUAUGCAAGGGACCCAGAUGCAAUAACUAUUGUGUGGAAUCCUCCUACAAUACCUAAUGGUAUCAUUACAGUAUAUGAGAUAAGAUAUAGAGAGUCUACCAGUACUGGCCCAUACAGUGUAACUAAUACUACUGACACUUUAUACAGUAUACAAGGAUUGAUACCUAAUACUAGUUAUACUAUUGGAGUGAGAGCAUAUACUAGUAUUGGACCAGGACAAUGGACUGAUAGAGAAUAUAGUACUCUUCAAAUAUUUGUCCUUGAAAUGUUUUCUGUAAUGAAGCUCAGUUCUACAGCAGUGAGAGCUAAGUGGAAUUUAAUUCGUAGAGCUAGUCAUUAUACUGUCUAUUAUGAGUCAACCAGUAGCUCCUCAAGAAAGAAGAGACAAGUAGAGACAGGAAUGAGAGUAUUCCCAGGUGAUACUACUGAAGGUCUAAUAGGAGGAUUAGAUCCUAAUCUGAACUACUUGUUCUCUAUAUCUAUAUCAUAUACUGUUAAUGGAAUCAUUUAUGAAGGAGAGAGGACUCAACCAAUACCACCAGGUGCUACUCUAACUCCUACUAUUGUAUCAAGCACUUCAUCAGUCAUUAGUGUUACAGAAUCAUCAACAAUUUCUUUUUCUACUAAAACAACUACCAUGACUACUCCAUUGACUACUGCAUUGAUUACUGUGUCAACUACUGUAUUAGUGAAUAAUAGAGUGAUCAAUAUUGGAGUGAUAGUUGGUCUAAGUGUAGCUCUUACUGUAUUAUUAGUACUGGUUGUAAUUAUAAUUAUUAUACUGGUACUGGUUAUGCACAGAAAAAGAAGUGAUAUUAAUCAAAAAAGAAAAUCAGAUAAUGACAUUGUAAUGAAAUGCAGUCCAGCUUAUGCUACAACUGAAUUUAAAACAAAUACUGCUGAUGAUAUACUAAUGAAGGAUAGUCCAGCAUACAGUACUGUACAACAAACACAAUUAACUGUUGAGCCAGUGUAUGAUACAACUAAUGAUGAAUAUGAGACUUCUCUUCCACCACCUGCUGAAUAUGAAAUACCAACUGUUUAAUAAUGUACUCAUCUUUUUUGUACAUACAUUAAUAUACGAUGCAAUUCACAUAAUAUUCUUGAUACACGUACAACAUAAUGAUACAUGUUGUUAGUGAAAUUGUGUAUGUUUUACAAUCAGAAAUGUUUAUUAAUCACA